AUGAGUGAUAUUAAUUUGUCUAUGAAUUCGUCGCCCGAUAACAGUGAUAUUAUUAGCUUACAGUUGAUCGACAACGAGUCACCGACAGUUGUGGCUCAACGAUAUUACGGAAAUUCGACCGUCGGAGCUCCCAUCUUACCGCAGUCUAGGUGUAUUAAUCAAAAAAACCAGAGAUCAUUAACAUGGAAUAUAUCGUUGACUGAUGAUCAAGAUGAAGUAUCUGAAAACUUUUUAAGGAUGUAUAAUGAACCAACAACGGUUGCUGAAAAUUUUGGUUCAGCUAUUUUAACGGUUCCCGAGAACAUCAGAAAACAAGCUGAUGAAUUAUUCAAACCUUCAGAAAUCAAUCCAAACGAAAUAUUUGAUUGGGUAAAUACCAAAGUCUCGUGGAUUCUUCCAUCCAGCUAUCAACAAUACCUUAAGUCUAUUCCUCCAAACGUGCUGGAGAAGAGGGAAACACACGUGCUGUACCCCUGGACUCAGUGGAACACGUCGACGGGCACUCAUCACCGACCGUCGCUCAACAAAGCCGUAGCGUCACCAUUGGCGUCCGACCGGUCAAUGUCGUCGUCUUCGUUGUCUUCGUCGUCUGUCUACGCGCACGCAGCACACAGCAGAUCGCCCAACAACAACAACAACAACAGCAGCAGCAGCAAUAACAACAACAACAACUCGUUUGGUCACUGGGGCGGCGGCAGUGGGGCGCUAGCGGCAUCAGCGGCGGCAGACUGCACGUUGACGUCUUCGUCGGCCAGUGACUUGAGCUUUUCGUAUUGGGCGGGCGUAGAUGCUACGUCUUCGCCGCAACAGAACCAACAACUGAAGCAUCAGCAGCAGCAGCACUACCAUCACCAUCAUCAUCAACAACAACAACAACAACAACAGCAGCAGCAACAACAGCAGCAACAACAACAGCAGCAACAACAACAGCAACAACAGCAGCAGCAACAACAACAACAACAACAACAACAACAACACCAGCAGCAACAACAACAACAACAGUCGGUUGGCUGGACACCGGUGACCGUCCGAUCGUCACCGUCCGACUGCGGCCGGUCAGUGUCGUCGGCCGAAUUCGUACAGUACAACGCCACCGCUGACGGCCGCUCGCCAUCGCCGACGUCUGUCCGCUGGCCGUCUCGUCUUUUCUACUGCGUCAACGCCGACAGCAACACGAUCAACAAGCUGGUGGAACACUACUGCACUUUCUGUUACAAGAACCACGAACCACCCGAGGUGUACGGCGGCCACCUGGUCCGGGACGACACACGCACCACUUGUCCUAAACUCAGGGCGCUCCGGUGCAAGCACUGCAGCGGCACCGGCGACAACGCGCACACCAUCAAGUAUUGUCCGUUCUUGUACUCAAACUACAGUUGAUGGUCGGCAGUCGAUCGCGUAGGGUAGACGCGCGAUCGA